UCCGUUGCUGCAGUAACCGCGCGGCGUCCCGCAGCCGUUGCUGGGUCUGGCGGCGCCAUGAACAGGAAGAAGCUGCAGAAGCAGGCGGAGGCGCUGAACCGCGGCGCCAGGCACUUCCGCCGGCCCGAGGUGGAGUGUCUCAUCCGGCUCUUCUACACGCUGGUGCCGGAGGCUGGCGAGCGCCGCGGCGCCGCGGGGCUGGACCGCAACGCCUUUCGCAGCGUCCUGCACCUCACCUUCGGCAUGACCGACGAUAUGAUCAUGGACCGAGUGUUUCGUGCUUUUGAUAAGGACAAUGAUAGCUGUGUCAGUGUAAAGGAAUGGGUGGAAGGCUUAUCAAUUUUUCUUCGGGGGACAUUAGAAGAAAAGAUGAAAUAUUGUUUUGAGGUUUAUGACCUGAAUGGUGAUGGAUACAUAUCACGAGAGGAGAUGUUCCAUAUGCUGAAGAACAGCCUCCUAAAACAACCAACAGAAGAAGAUCCUGAUGAGGGAAUUAAAGACCUGGUAGAAAUAACACUGAAAAAAAUGGACUAUGACCAUGAUGGCAAACUUUCUUACACUGAUUUUGAAAAAGCUGUAAGAGAUGAAAAUCUUCUCUUAGAAGCAUUUGGACCAUGUUUGCCAGAUAUAAAGAGCAGCCUGGCAUUCGAAAUGCAAGCUUUCCAAGAAACUCAUGAUCUGUAGCUCUAUAACUAGAUUUCUGCUGUUAACCAAUUCAGAA